UCGCAAGUUUCAAAGCGGCCAGCAUCAGUUCAUGCUGAUGUGGGACCACGCACGCCGGAUGGAGCUAGGUGGCGGGCGAUCUCCGAUUUUUGCCGAGUGUAGCCGACAACAAACGGAAGUGAGAGAAGGGAGACAGCAGACGGGCAGCUAAGCGGCACAGCUCUGAAUCUCUCACACAGAGUCCCAAGUUAGAAGCCUUGGUCACCGUUUAAAACUUGCUGCUUACCUCACCAUGUCUGUUUUGUGUUAUAAUAAGGGGUGCGGACAGCGGUUUGAUCCGGAAAACAACCCAGACGAUGCCUGUACCUAUCACCCAGGAGUCCCAGUGUUCCAUGAUGCUUUGAAGGGAUGGUCCUGCUGCAAGAGAAGAACUACUGACUUCUCAGACUUUCUCAGCAUCGCUGGCUGCACAAAAGGUCCCCACAACAAAGAGAAGCCCCCUGAGCCGGUGAAACCAGAUGUGAAAACAUCAGGAGAAAGGAAGGAGUUGGAGGCCCAAAAACCAAAGUUUAAUGAGUACAUCAUCUCUGCACCAAAACCCCAGGAGGCGAUAAACAGACCAAGUCCCGAUGAGCCGAUGGUGAGAAUGCAGCACAAAGUUUCUGCCUCUCUAAAGCAGGCGCUGGAGAAACUAAAAGUAUCAGAAAAUACAACAGAGAAUAAAGAGGAAGACAGCGAUGAGAUCAAAAUUGGAACAUCGUGUAAAAAUGGAGGCUGUACAAAAACCUUUGAGGGACCUUCAAGUGACUCAGAAGUGUGCUCAUACCACUCUGGAGUCCCCAUCUUCCAUGAAGGGAUGAAAUACUGGAGCUGCUGUAAAAGGAAAACCUCUGACUUUAACACCUUCCUGUCUCAGGAGGGCUGCACAAAGGGAGCACAUCUAUGGAGGAAAAAAGAUGUGGGGAAGAAGGUGGUCCCCUGCCGGUUUGACUGGCACCAGACAGGGACACAGGUCAUCAUUUCUAUAUAUGCCAAAAAUGCCGUCCCUGAGCUAAGCUAUGUGGAUGCCAACAGCACCAUGCUCAACAUCCACAUUAUAUUUGAAGGUGAAAAGGAAUUUCAUCAGAAGAUCAGCUUGUGGGGAGUGAUAGAUGUGACCAAAAGCGUAGUAAACAUGAUGGCAGCCAAGAUAGAAGUUGCCUUGAAGAAGGCCGAGCCAAUGUCCUGGGCUCGUCUGGACCUUCCACCUCCUGUCACCGCACCCAAGGAGAAUGACAAAAAGCAAGAGGCCGAUAGUGACGAUGAGGAUGAAGACGAAUGAUGAUGCAUUCACAUCAGGGAUAUUUUAAUUUAUUUACCUCUUUGAAGAAUGGCCUCUUUCGUAGUGAAAGCAUUCUUUUAUUUUUCCAACAUUCACUGCAUUUUUACCGUAUCAAUCUUUAUCAUCAGAAUUAGUUCUGGCCUUUUUUACAUAUUUUGGAGUUCAUUAAAAGCUUGAGUGCUAGGCAAGUAUAUUUUACAACUAUUUUCACAAAGACAAAUGUAGACUUUAGUCAAGUGAGAUACCAGCUCACCUGUGUAUUUUCACCAAAGUUACCUUUAAAAUCAACCUGGCAGUGAGAUGAGCAUGUUUAGUGUCAGACCUGGACUGCUCACAUUAAAUAUUAAUAGGCUGCAGUUGUGACCAUAGUUCUAUGUCUGAUAAAAGAUGAUUCCACCUGUACAUUUACAUUGUCUCAUAAUCGAGAAAUCAGAGGAAACACACUUUCAGCUGUGUAAUGUCUCGUCAUUCCAUCUUUUGGUUUCAUUUAUAGAAAAAAUCUAAUUUUAAAUUUUUUUUUUUUAUGUCCUCAUAAAUUUAGUCCCAUGUCUGCAUGACGAAAAGAAAUAUUCUAUCAAAUUUGAAUCCACAUGGUGUCUAUGCUUGUAUAAAAUUGAAUUUAUUGAAAAAAUCAUUAAAAAUAAUAGUUCAUCCUGGUUUGCUCCAACUUUUAUUACAGUAGAAAUAAAGUUUUGCUCCAGUCUUUCUUUUUUUACAUUAUAUUCUGCAUUUAUUUUGUAUACUUUUGCUUUGACUGGCUGUAAUUCUUGUGACUAGAAUGCACUGCGGUUUUAGUGGAAAUGUACUGUAUUAUUUGAGUAUGCCAAAUGAAUACCAAGUAUUUCGAGCAAAGUACUGUAUCUUUGAAAUGAGGCACUAGACAGCAUGUGUCUAUGUUUAGAAUGUAUUAAGUUUAUUUGGCUUAAUGAGACCAGCAUAAGAGGAACCUUAAGAGACCAGUUUAUUCCAACCUCAAAAAUAAAUACAUUUUGUAAAUUCAAA